AUGGGUAAAAAGAAUAAAAAAGGAGGAAAAGGACGUUUGGAUAAGUAUUAUCAUUUAGCAAAGGAACAUGGCUAUAGAGCUCGUUCAGCCUUCAAAUUAAUACAAUUAAAUAAAAAGUAUAAUUUUUUAGAAAAAUCAAAAUGUUUGAUUGAUCUUUGUGCAGCACCUGGUGGUUGGUUACAAGUGGCUAGUAAAUACAUGCCUAUGUCAAGUUUAAUUGUUGGAGUUGAUCUUGUACCAAUUAAACCAAUACCAAAAAUUAUCACUUUACAAGAAGACAUUACAUCUGAAAACGUGUUACAUGAUGGUGCUCCAAACGUUGGUAUAUCAUGGAUACAAGAUGCUUAUUCUCAAUCAGAGUUAACUUUAAAAGCAUUGAAAUUAGCUGUUGAAUUUUUAACUAAAGGAGGAAUAUUUAUAACAAAAAUUUUUAGAUCAAAAGAUUAUAAUAAUUUAUUAUGGGUAUUUAAUCAAUUAUUUAAUAAAGUUGAAGCAACCAAACCUGCUUCUUCGAGAAAUGUUUCAGCAGAAAUUUAUGUUAUUUGUAAAGAUUUUAUUGCACCGAAAAAAAUAGAUCCAAAAUUCUUAGAUCCAAAAUCAAAAUUUUUAAAUCCAAUUUUAGAUAUAUUGCAUCCUGAAAAAAAGAAAAGGCAGAGAGAGGGAUAUGAAGAGGGAGAUUAUACUUUGUAUAAAGAAAUUUCAGUUUUGGAGUUUAUUAAUACUGAUGAUCCUGUAAAAUUACUUGGCAGUGUUAAUAAACUGAAAUUUGAUGAUGACAGUCAAGAGUGCGUAAAAUAUUAA